GUUUCCUCUUACAAGACCCGAUCUUUGCAAAAAAUGGGAAGCUGCUGUGAAAAGGAAAAACUUCAAGCCAACCAAGUACAGCAGCAUUUGCUCAGAGCACUUCACUCCCGAUUGCUUUAAAAGGGAAUGCAACAACAAGCUUCUGAAGGAAAACGCUGUGCCCACGAUAUUCUGUUACACGGAACCCAGCGAGAAGCCUGAAGAGUUUGCGGAACAGCCAGAAGAUCCUCCUCCACCUCCUCCACCACCUCCGCCACCACCACCACCUCCACCACCGCCGCCACCGCCAGCAGCUCCAGUACUGCCACCGUCUCCAUCAACUCCUUCUUUUCACUUAUCUCAAAUAGAUGCCAGGUUUGUAGAUCCAAGUAUUGGAUUAUUGAUGCCUCCUCUCCAGACCCCUAGCAAUCUUGCGGUUUUUUGUGAUCACAACUAUACCGUAGAGGAUACAGUUCACCAGCGAAAAAGAAUUCAGCAGCUGGAGGAACAAGUUGAAAAACUGCGGAAGAAGCUCAAGACAGCGCAACAGCGAUGCCGGCGUCAGGAAAGACAAAUUGAAAAACUGAGAGAGAUCGUUCAGUUUCAGAAAGAAAAAGACAUAUUGGCAGGAAAAGGCUAUGUGAUUCUGCCCAAUGACUACUUUGAAGUUGUAGAAGUACCUGCCUAGAAGUCAUGAACAUCAGCUUUCAUUUUGCUAGGCCAAGAAAUUUAGUUUAAAAACUAAAUGCUCUCUAAUUCUGUGUGUAAGACUCUCCAGAAUUCUAAAACAGUAAAUAAGCGGUCAUACAAAUGAGAUCACAUUUUUGUCCAUUGUUGUUUCAGUUUGAUACGCUUUUCAUAUACUGAAAAUGCAGACAUCUCAGAACUAGAAUAUGCAUUUAGUUUACAAAAUCUCAGUUGCUUUACAGAAGGAAA